AUGAGCGGCCUUCGGCCAUGCUGCUGCGCGCUUGCAGCGGUGGCUCUGGGCCAACGUCGCGAACCGGCGACCAAGUGCUCUGCCCCCUCCGAGACGCCUUGUGCGAGACAUGUGGAAGCGAAGUUCAUGGGACUGCACAAGAAGGGCUUCGUAAGACAAGGAGACUGGCAUCCUGUCACGCUGUGGCCGCCGCUGAGCUUUAGCAACGUUUGGCAGACCGGCCGCUACUUUGCCAACUUGGUGCGGCCCUCUGUAGCGGUCAAGGUGUUCAAUGCCAGGGAGCAGGAAGCUAUCGAGGGACUGUCGAAGCGGGAGUUCUUCGAGAAGUACGGCUUCGUGCUCUUACAGAGACCUACAAAGAUGCAGGCCGAGGAUUGGGCCAACUGUGCACCGAAAACGCUGGACCUCUCCAACUUCACAGGCAUGGGGAUGCCAAAGAUUGAGACUGCGAUCUCACGCAUCUACGCCAAGGAGGUGGAGGAGAUGGUCAGGGAGCUGAUGCCGGCUGCCACCUUUGUGGAGCUGGAUCCGCUAUGUGCGCGGCGCGGCCCGGGUACAAAGAAUCCGACGUAUUCUUUCGCUGUGCAUCAGGAUUAUGGCUAUACAGCCGACGACUGGCCGCUGGCAGACAACGGCUUCAAAGCUCGCUUUGACGAGCCGAAUGUCACGGGUUUCAUGGCCGUGAACUUCUGGCGGCCUGUGCUCCCGAUGAAAGGCCCGGUGAAGAAAGCGCCGCUGGCGGUCUGCGAUCCCAGAAGCGUGAAGAUGGAGGACACGGUGCCCAUCAACAUCCGCUGGGACGAGCUGGGGUACGUGAAGAUGCUGGCUCUGGCUCAUGAUAGCGACCAGCGCUGGUACUACUAUCCGGACAUGACUGUGGACGAGGUCCUCGUCUUCAAGUCCUUCCAGUACUUCAAGAGCCAGGAGGGCCGGCCGGAGCUGAAGACCUGCUUCCACACCGCCUUCGAGGAUCCCACGGCACCGCCCGAUGCCGAAGCACGGCAGAGCGCAGAGUACCGGGUGCGGGUCUGGUUCUGA